UGCCAUGGCCGCUUGUCUCCCUCACUCCCUAGCCCUUUCUCCUCGCUCUCUUCCACGCGCUCGCCGCCUCUUCGCCGCCAGUCGGCCUCUUCGCCAAGCCGUCGAUCUUUUCGCACGACGUCAUCGUCAGAACCGCCUUCCCGUGAGUUCGGCGCCUCCCCCCUCGUUGCGCGCCACUGGUGGUGGUGGUGCUGCUGCUGCUGCUGCUUCUAGCAUCGGUACUGUGAGCCGCCGCGCCGGUCCGAGAGCUUCGAGGCACACGGCUGCUUUAGCAGUUCUGGCGCCAACAACACCACCACCAUCAUCGCCAUCAUCACCACCAUCAUCGUUGCAUCAAGCCAUGCCUCAGUCAUCCUCCACAUCAGCCCACCACCCACCCUCUCACCCUCACUCCUUCUUUACCCUCCUCCGUUCGUCUCUCUCCUGUCUCACACUCCGCCUUCCCCCCACCCUCUCCCACUCCCCCCUUCUCCUCCUCCUCCUCUUCCUCUCCCUUUCCCUCGGCAGUUUCUUUCUGGCUGCCCCUUCCUCCUCCGCCUCCACUCCUCCAGCCUCCGAAAUCUUCUCUGGUGCACAGGCAGGCAGUAAAACAUUUUCAGCUGAACCGGCAUCUGGCUUAGCCGCAAGGGGGAUGGCAGCAGCAGCAGCAGCGGGAGGAGGGGCAGGGCCGGUGGUGGCAGAUGAGGAGGCGGGCGAUGCUGUGGUGGUGUACAUAACUGUACCCAACAAGGAAACUGGGCAGAAGCUUGCAGCAUCGCUGGUGGGAGGAAAGCUAGCAGCAUGCGUGAACAGAGUGCCCGGCGUGGAGUCGACCUAUUGGUGGGAAGGAAAGAUAGAGACUGAUAACGAGGAGCUGCUUAUAGUGAAGACACGGCGUGCCUUGCUGCAGUCCAUUCAAGAGCACCUCAAGACCAACCAUCCAUACGAUGUGCCUGAGCUCAUAGCUCUCCCCAUCGUGGCCGGCAGUGAGGCAUACCUCAAGUGGCUGCAUGACAAUGCACCUGUGCCACCAGUGCUUCCCUCUGCUUAGGGUUGCCUACACACACCACACCACUUACUACAAGCAGAUAGGGAACAACAGACUGUUCAAACCCGAACCGCAGCACGCUGUUUCUGGUCUUGGGACUUAUGCCUGCUGGUACCUCCUGUCUCGAGUGCUUGACGUGAUUCAGGCUUACCCACAAGCACUGGUGGUAAACCACGUGUCUUGAAUUGAUGUAGGAUUUGUUUGCCUUGGUCAGACACCUACGGCAGCAGUCCCAAUGCAGC